AUGCUCACAACACUCUCGGGGCCCUCGCCCCCCCCAGCGGACGAUAGCCUAUCGAGACACGGAUUGCCGCUGCCGGGCGUGAGCCCCUGGCGGGCGGGCUGGCCCCUGAAGCCGGACGCCGGGCAGAGGCGAGGAUCCCCGUGGAACCCCAAGGGGCAUCUUCGCCCCAGGAGAGAGCCCGGGCCAUGCUCGCUGAGGCGCAGGCGGAUGGGCCCCGCUGAGCCCAUGGGUCUGCAUUCGCGCGAGUGCCACCCAAAAGGGGGACGUGGCCGCGAUGUGAAGGCGUGCUCCACCUUGGACGCCGCAUCUGGGGGGAGUGAAAGCUCGGAGAAGGCCGCCAGUUCCGUCCAUUCGGCCGAUGAUGGCAAAUCCAAUGGCCGGCCUGGGGGUGCGUUGCAGCAGGGGAGCGAUCCAGCGGAGCCCGCAGAGGCUGGGUCGGAGGCCGCCCCGGCCGCGGGGCCGCCGGGGCUGGCGUCCGUUGUCAUGGGGAUGCGAUCCCGCCUGCUGAUGAUUGUGCAAGUCGUGCUGGACUGGAUGCGCAAGCUGCCGGCCUGGCAGCGGCAGCGCCACCUGAGGAAGCUGCAGGCGGAGAGCGAUGCGGCGCCGGGGGACGCGGAGGCACACACGCGCUUCCUGGUGCAGCUGAACGAGGUCAGCCCAGGGGAGGUGCUGCAGCGGGUGGACUCGGGAAAGUAUGCCACAAGCAGUGCGGUGGUCGUGGAGUACCUGAAGGCGCUGGUGCACACGGGGCGGCUGUCCGAGUUUGCAAACGACAGGGGCAUGGCGACAGGGGAUGGGCACCGUUCGCUGCCAAAGCUGCUACACGAUCUGCAGGUGUUGUCUGGGGGAGGGGAGAUCGACCUCACUCCAGGUGGCACAUCGAGGCAGCCAUUGUAUGUGAGCCUGGACGGGAUGGCAGCUCAGCCUGCCCCUGGACUCAUGUCUCUCUUCCUUGGCUUCUUCAAGUGGCUUGGGGUGCUGGCUGUGUUCUGCUUCCUGUGGCUUCUGGGCAGCGGUGUUGUGAAGCGCAUCAGCAUGCAGAAUCUCCCCCAGGGCGGCCUGCCCACAUCGGUGCGUGACAAGUCGCCCUCACUGGCCCCCAAGCAAUUUGUCAAAGAAGAAUUGCCGGAGAAAUCUCUCAAGACCUUCAAUGACAUCAAGGGGUGCCCAGAAUCGAAGGAGGAACUCCAAGAUAUCGUGGAGUUCCUGAAGAAUCCGGAGAAAUUCACACGAAUGGGUGCCACACUUCCAAAGGGAGUGCUGCUUGUGGGCCUCCCAGGCACUGGGAAGACACUGUUGGCACGGGCGGUUGCAGGAGAGGCUGGUGUGCCGUUCUUCUACAGGGCAGGCAGUGAGUUCGAAGAGAUGUUUGUUGGCGUGGGCUCUAGACGAGUACGUGCCCUCUUCAACGCUGCCAAGAAGAACGCCCCUUGCAUCGUCUUCAUCGACGAGAUCGACGCCAUUGGCUCAAGCAGAAAGCAUUGGGAGAACCAGACCCGGAAGACGCUGAAUCAGUUGCUCACAGAAAUGGACGGCUUCGAAGUGAAUGAGGGGAUCAUCGUCAUGGCAGCAACGAACCUGGCGGACACGUUGGACCCAGCUCUCACGAGGGCCGGGAGGUUCGACCGCCAUGUAACCGUGCCGCUGCCAGACGUCAGAGGCCGGGAAGAGAUUCUGCAAUUUUACCUCAACAACAAGCCAGUGGCGCCGGACGUCAAUGUGGCCCAACUGGCUCAGCAGACCAGGGGCUUCAGUGGUGCAGAGCUGUACAACUUGGUCAAUGAGUCCGCCCUGCAGGCCGCCAAGGCCAACGAGCCCCUGGUCACAAAGGAGCUGAUGGACGUCGCCCGCGACAAGAUCAUGAUGGGCACGGCGAGGAAGUCGCUCGUGCGCACGGAGGAGAGCAUGAGGCGGACCGCCUACCACGAGUCGGGGCACGCACUGGUUGCGCUGAACACCCCGGGCGCGAGUCCCCUGCACAAGGCAACGAUCGUGGCGCGGGGCAACGCCCUGGGCAUGGUGACGCAGACGCCUGGGCGGGAUGAGUACUCAGUGAGCCGGCAGCAGCUGAUGGCACGCAUCGACGUGUGCAUGGGUGGCAAAGUGGCCGAGGAGCUGGUGUUUGGCAAAGACCACGUUACCUCAGGGGCGUCCUCAGACCUCCACCAGGCAACUACGACGGCAGAGCACAUGGUGAUGCAGUGCGGGAUGAGCGACGAAGUGGGGCCCAUCUACGCCAGCAACAGGGGAGACCUGAGCGGCGAGGUGCAGAAGAAGAUUGACGCGGAGGUGACGAGGAUACUGAAGGAGGCCCAGGUGCGGGUGAUGAAGCUGCUGGGGGACAAGAUGAGCGACCUGCACAAACUGGCAAAGGCGCUCGUCGAGCGGGAGACCCUCACAUCGAAGGAGAUUGAGGAUGUGUUGGAUGGAGGGGAGCGUGGAGGAGCAGUGUCUGCAGGGCUGUCCUGA